AACAUUAAGUCGCUGCUGCGAUAUUAACUCAUGAAUCAAAUUCAAUUAUGUUUUAACCCUGCGUACGAUUUUAAUCAUUUCAAUUCAAAGCAAAAAAGAAAAUGUAAUUAAAUACACGUGAAUAUAAUGCACAUAGCUUCUAUUGGACUUAUUUCAACGUAAUUUAAUAUGGAGGAAUACGCUCGGGAACCUUGCCCUUACAGAAUAGUUGAUGAUUGUGGUGGCGCAUUUGCGAUGGGUUGCAUAGGGGGCGGAGUAUUUCAAGCAAUAAAAGGAUUUCGAAAUGCACCUUCUGGCUUAAAUAGAAGAUUGGUGGGAAGCAUAAUUGCUAUAAAAACACGGUCACCCGUUAUAGCAGGCAAUUUUGCUGUCUGGGGUGGUAUGUUCAGUACCAUUGAUUGUACCCUUGUCCACUUUCGAAAAAAAGAAGAUCCGUGGAAUUCGAUUAUAAGUGGCGCUGCAACUGGAGGAAUAUUAGCCGCUCGAAAUGGCGUUCCAGCUAUGGCAGGUAGCGCAAUAAUCGGGGGCGUACUCUUAGCUCUUAUCGAAGGUGUUGGAAUACUGUUUACAAGAAUUUCUGCUGACCAGUUUAAAAAUCCGAUACCACCUGCAGAAGACCCCGUAGCCCUUGGAGAUCCUGGAAGAAAUUUUUCAUUUGAAUCCGCUUCUAACCGAACACAAUAUCAAUAAACUAGUAACCAUGUGAAAACAAAAAACAAUAACCUUAGAAUAAGGUGAUAAAUAUGUAUUGAUUAUUCUUAUUCAUGAUCGCUCAGCUGUAGUCGAGUUCCCCGACUAUAAGAUACAUUAUUAAGCUAGUGGAAGUGAUACCGCUAAAUUUCAUCAUUGUUCCGGCAUAUUGAUACAUAUUGGAUAAUAUAAUCAAAAAGAAUUGGAGGUUUGUUUGUGUAAGUAAGGCAAAUCGUUUGAAAUUUACAAGACUAAUAAAUAUAUAAAAAAG